AUGUCAAGGGAGAACGCGGACAGAGAUGCCAAGCGCAAUGAAGUCGGCGAGCUCAUUCAAAAGACGACAGAGGUGAACAGAACCAUAGUCGAGCUUGAUGCACAGCUUGCGCAUGUAGCGGCUCAGCUGAAUGACAAGCGGACUCGCGGCAAAGACGAGCGAAUCAUAAUCAAGAAGUUCUUUGGAAAGGACGAAGGGUCAAUGUCGAUUGAGAACAAAGCCCUCGUGAAGCUCCGCGAAGAAGACGUGAAAGGCAUGCAGAAUGUGCUGAAGAAGUUCGAGGAGUCGAUGUACAACGAAAUCAAACAGAUCUAUUCGGAAACGGUUACUCCUGCUGAAGUUGCGGAGGAGAUUGAGCGGCACGUUGAUGAGAACAGCGAAAUCGGAGAAUACUGCCGCUGGCUGAAGGAAAACGUACCCAUUGACGAGAAGGAAAAGGACGAGAUGAAGCAGAAACUCAGGCAGCUCCUCAAGGGACCGGACUAA